AUGCUAAAAUGUUGCUGUUCAUAUGUUCCAACAUCAACCUCAAUUUCAAAGUUCAUCUCAGAACAGCCAUACCUAAUCAUGCUAGAAACCAAGUGUUCUAACAUGAGAGACCUCAAACUGAUUCAUGCCCAGCUCAUUAAAACUGGCCUAAUCAAGGACAAGAUUGCAGCUAGUCGUGUUCUAGCCUUUUGUGCCUUAUCUCCAGCCUGUGAUAUGAACUAUGCUUAUUUAGUCUUCAGCCGGAUAAUGAAAAGAAAUCUUUUCAUUUGGGACACCAUUAUUAGAGGCUUCUCUCAGAGCUCAUUCCCGCAAUUGGCAUUAUCUAUCUUCAUUGAAAUGUUGGAAAGCUCACCAAUUCAGCCGGACAAGCUCACUUAUCCUUCUGUGUUUAAGGCUUAUACUCAGCUAGGAUUAGCUGCAGAGGGAGCCCAACUUCAUGGGAGGAUUAUGAAAUUAGGACUGGAAUCUGAUCCCUUUAUUCGAAAUUCGAUGUUAAACAUGUAUGUGAAUUCUGGGUUUUUGAAUGAAGCCAGGAAACUGUUUGAGGAAGAUGAGGUUGAAGAUGUGGUGGCCUGGAAUUCAAUGAUUUCGGGUUUGGCCAAAUGUGGGGAAAUCGAUGAUUCGUGGGAAUUGUUCAACAAAAUGCAAUUCAGAAAUGAUGUUUCUUGGAACAGUAUGAUAAGUGGUUUUGUGAAGAAUGGGAAAUGGACAGAGGCAUUGGAUCUUUUCAAUCAAAUGCAAGAGGAAGGAUUUGAGCCAAGUGAGUAUACAGUAGUUAGUUUGCUGAAUGCUUGUGCAUUCUUAGGAGCACUGGAACAAGGAAAAUGGAUCCAUGAGUAUAUUAUGAAGACAAACAGUAUCAGGAUGAACGGCAUUGUGAUAACAGGACUGAUUAACAUGUACUGCAAGUGUGGAAACAUUGAGAUGGCUCGUAAAGUGUUUGAGACAGCACAAACGAAAGGGCUAUCAUGUUGGAACUCGAUGAUAUUUGGCUUAGCGAUCAAUGGAUUUGGCAAUGAAGCGAUACAGUUAUUCUCGAGGCUUCAAUCCUCAAAUCUUGAACCUGAUUCUGUUAGUUUUCUGUGUGUCUUGACUGCCUGCAAUCACUCUGGUUUGGUUGAUGAAGCAAGGACCUAUUUCACGUUAAUGACAGACACAUACAAGAUCAAACCUACAAUUCAGCAUUUUGGAUGCAUAGUCGAUACACUAGGACGAGCAGGACUCCUUGAAGAAGCAGAGGUGCUGAUUAACAGCAUGCCAAUUAGUCCUACUGCCUGCAUAUGGGGAUCUCUUUUAUCAUCUGCUCAGAGCCAUAGGAACUUUGAGAUGGCUGAGCGGGCAGCUAAGCAUUUAAUUGAGUUGGAUCAAGAUGAUAGCAGUAGUUAUCUUUUAAUGUCCAACGCUUAUGCAGCGUCGGGUAAAUUUCUGAAAGCAAUGCAAGAAAGGCACUCAAUGAAGGAUAAGCAGAUAAUGAAGCAACCUGGUUGUAGCUCAAUUGAAGUAGAUGGGGAAGUUCAUGAAUUUCUAGCUAGCGGAACGUUGCACUAUCAAGUCAAUGAAAUAUACUCGUUACUGAACUAA